UGGUGGACGCUACCCUGUCGGGCGGCCUCGCUCGGUACAUUAACCACUCGUGUAACCCCAACUGCGUGGCGGAGACUGUAGAGGUGGAGAGGGACCUCCGCAUCAUCAUUUUUGCCAAGCGACGCAUAUCACGUGGUGAAGAGCUGGCGUACGACUACAAGUUCGACAUCGAAGAUGACCAGCACAAGAUACCGUGCAAUUGCGGGGCUCCCAACUGCCGUAAGUGGAUGAACUGAGCCGGCCGCCACUUCCGGAAGGAGCGACCGCCGAGUACCCGAUCGCCUCUCCGAGUGGGACACUGGUCGCGUCGUAGUCCGUACCCAGGUGUCGAGGGGUCGCUUACAAAAUGUACCCUAGUUCGAGAGGGUACCUGCGGUGUGGUGCCGUAAGGAUUUAAUCUGAUGCCUUAACAAUUUUGUUGCCUUAUAUUACACACUGGGAGAACUGACAGCUCGAAGUUAUGUCCUCCCUCUCAAAGUACACGCUAAGGUCCGUUAUUUCUUCGGUUAAAUGUGCAUUCCAUGAGAGAACACCUCGAUGCACGUGUGAGAGGAGGAAUGUGAAACUGACAAUACUUUUAAGAGUGCCUCCGUCAGCCAGAUUCCCGAGUAAAACUGGGAUCACGUACUCGUAGUAGGUCGGUACACGGGUAACUGAUUAACUCACUUCACCGACCCGCCUUAUACAACAAUAAUUGUAUGAAAUUUAUUUUGAGAAAUUUAGGUAACUGCCGUUCAGAAGUGACCUUUGACAAACAAUAUUUGUGUCAUUAGAUUGUGAUGACGGACAUCUUGUGAAUGCAAUCUGAAUGACACAGUGUUUUCAGCUGGGAAGUUGUGGUGGAAAGCUACUUUGGGGCCGGACUGUAGCACAGUCAUUUUCUUAUAUUGGAGAGACCUCACUUUGGCACCUGGGGUUACAGUUUUCUUUUAGAGUGCUCAUUGUGUGGCUAGUAUGAUCACUUGUUCUGCAGAGUGUUUUGUACCGCAGUUUUCUUUUUAAUGUGAUGUUUACAGAGAGCCAUUUGGCAGUUUGUAUUUGUGCACUGCACGUGUUACUCGUGACUGUGAAACUGGCAUAUCUCCGAUAGUGUGUGCAUCAUUUCUCGUAGGUGUGUGCUGCCAGUUUAAGAUUCUCUUCUGUAGCUCGAAAGGUGUUCGUUUGUUAGAAUAGUGUAACUGGUCACACGCAUUUUGUUACAAACCGCUCGACUGUAUUUUUACAGUGUCAUUUAGUGACAACAGUGCCUGUUGAAGACAUGAGGUGGUCUUUUUAAUUAUUAUCUAAAUGAUUCCAUUGGUUGUGUUUAAAACUAUUUCAAAUGGGCGUUUUAUCAAAAGAAUUUUAUGUGUAUACGUUUCUGUUGUACACGUAUGUAAUAUGGAAGUUAGGAAAUUUCAGGGUUGAGCAUUGGUGUGUGAUGUAUUAAAGUAAGAGUAAGUGUAUAUUGAGAAAUGCCUUAAAUAUGGCUACUUUACCAGAGAACAAAUUGUGAAUAUGUAUAAUUUUUUUAGUGUAUAGUAUAAAUUGCUUGAUAGAAGCUAAUAGCCAAAGUUUUUGAAAGAUGUUAAUUUUUCCUAGCAAACAAUCUUUGAGAGAUUUGUUAUGGUGCAAUAUUAUGGUAUGUAAUAGCUAUUGAGAUCACAGAUGCUUAUUCUUUACUUUUAGAAAUGUCAAGGGCUAUCCACUGCAGAUUUCAGUUUGUCAUCAUGUAGUCUUAAUUUUGUGUGCACGGCUCUUUUACAAUUUUUAAGAAAGAAAUGCCUGUAUUCUGUACUAAAUGAUUUAAUUUCAAGAUUAUUUUUAUAACAAUCACAAUUUUUGUACACAGGUGUUUUUUUUACUAAAAAUAGAUGCCCAUUACUCAAUACCGAAUGUGCGUGUGCACAAAAAUGUGUACAAAAAUGGCCAGAGUGUAACUCUGUUCGUGUAGUGUGAGCAGGCAGAGAACGAUGUGCUGCGAACAGUCACAUUGUACUAGCUAAUGGUAGCUGCCUGCUAAGUGGGCGUGAUAGCCUCACCUACGAGGUA